ACGACAUGAACGAAAAAAGAAGAACCACUAUAACCCCAUUUUAUUUGUUUUCAAAAUAAACUUAUAAUUAUAUUGUUUGUUACCAAAACGUUCUAAUAAGUAUAAGAAAUGAGUAGUAUUUAUAUACUAGAACCUCCGACGUCUGGAAAAGUUCUCCUAAAGACAACAGUUGGCGAUAUUGAUAUCGAAUUAUGGUCUAAAGAAACACCAAAAGCUUGCCGAAACUUCAUACAAUUAUGUUUGGAGGGCUAUUACGACAAUUUAACAUUUCACAGAGUAGUAAAAGGUUUCAUAGUCCAAGGAGGUGAUCCCAACGGUGAUGGUACAGGUGGUGAAUCGAUAUAUGGAGCGCCGUUUAAAGAUGAAUUUCAUCAACGUAUCAAGUUCACUAGGAGAGGUUUAUUGGCGAUGGCGAAUGCAGGAAAAGAUGACAACGGUUCUCAAUUUUUUUUUACAUUAGGUCCAACCCCGGAAUUACAAAAUAAACACACUAUAUUCGGGAAAGUAACGGGAGAAACGGUGUUUAACAUGCUUAAAUUAGAAGAAGGAUUAAUAGAAGAUGAAAAACCUGUGUACCCUCAUAAAAUAAUCAAAACGGAAGUUUUAAAUAAUCCGUUUCCCGAUAUUGUACCUAGAAUUAAAGAAGUUGAACCAGAGGAGAAGGUUAGGAAGGAAAAAAAAUCAGGUGUCAAGAAUUUUAAGUUAUUGUCAUUCGGAGCUGAAGCAGAAGAAGACGAAGAAGAAUCUAGUAGAGAAAAUCAAAAAUUUGUCGGCAAAGGAAAAUCUACUCAUGAUGUUUUAGAUGAUCCUAAAUUGAGUUCGAAAACGCAAUCUGAAGUUUUGGAAGGCACUGAACCAAACGUAGAACCUGAAGUACAAUUGGAAAAUAUUAAAAAAAAACUUCAAGCUAAAAACCAAACAAAAUCGAAAGGUUUUAAACGACCAAUCAGUUCUAAGGAGCUUAAGGAAACUGAUAAUGAUGAUUUUGAGGAAUACUAUCUAGGAAAAGAUGAAAAAUUGGAGAAAAAAAGAAAAAUGGAAGAAAUCAAAGAAGAAAUUAAGAAUGUUAAAAAAGAUUAUCACAAGAACAAACUGAAGAAGGAGGAGGAGAAAACAGUGGAACAAAAAGAGGAAGAGGUGAAAAGUGAAGUAGUCAAACAAUAUAAAGAAGAAUACAAUUCUUAUAAAGUUAAGAAGCAACAAUUACCUAAUAAGGGAUCCGAUAGGGAGCAAUUUACCUUGUCGUUAUUAGAUAAAUUUAAAAAGAAAUUGCACAGUUUGAAAGAAAAGGAACCGAGUAAAGAAGAUGGAGAAUCUGUGGAUAAUUUAGAUGACGAAUCUUGGCUUUCACAUAAUCUUCGAUUUGAAGAGGACACUCCUAUAUUAGCGAAAGACGCAAAUACCAAAGAUGAUGAUUGGUUCGAAAUUUACGAUCCUAGACAUCCUUUGACUAAACGGAGACGCGGAGAAGGUGGAGGUUCUUCGAAAAGUAAAAAGUGAUUGUAUACAUUAAAAUGUUUUAUUUGUAUGUAAAUAUUUACCUGUAUUCGUAUUAUCAUUAAUAAAAAGUUAUGUUUUUUA